CAUGCUUCCUCCUUUUGCGCAGUGCUGGAGAGCAAAGACCCAGGCAGGUAGUGCCACCGAUCCUUCCGUGGGCCCUCAUCCUCAUGGUUCCCUGCAUGAGGAUAGGAUGUCACCACAGCAGUGAAGCGGGUAGUGGGCAGUCUUUCCUGGUCUGAGGUCCAGAGCCACCCCACUGGUUUCUCCUUCCACAGUCUGCUGAAGAGGGUGUCAUGUCUGUGAUUGCUUUCCUCUUCCUCCUGACCCUGCAGCCUCAUGGGUAUGGGCAGCCCACUGGGGCCAGCAAGGCCCCGUGGAUAUGGGGUAAAGCGUCAGAGGCCAGAGAGCCCUUAGUCGACCGAGUCAAGAGAAGUUUCCCUGAGGACAAUGACGACGAUUAUGAACAUUAUCAAACCCCAACACCAGAGUUGAUGGACUAUGACAAUUUAACUGCGUUGCCAACAGUCAUGGCACAAGGAACACAGCAGGGGUCCACGAGUGCUCCUGUCACCACGGACUUGGUCAGAAGUGAACCCACGACACAGGGCACUAAAGGGAAGCUGGCCACGGAGGAGUUGACUACAGAAGCCACGGAUAGGAGUACCAUGCAUCCCCCCCUACCUACUUCAGGUUUGCCCUCCACAGGGCAGCAGACCACGCAUGACCUCACAACGGAAAAAGUGGUUACGGAUGCACCAGAAAUCGUUGUCUCUACCACGGUGGAGUCAACUUCCAAGGCCCCAAGUCCAGGAGAGCAGGUCAUCCAUAACUCCACUGCAGGCGAUGUUGGCACAGAGGCAAUGGCUAUCUCUGCCACAGGGAAAUCAGCCACAGACCCAUCAACCACGGUCACCCUGGCUUUGGACACAGACAAGGCAGAGACUAUAACUCCCACCAUGGGGCAGCUGGUCACAGACUCUGCUACCACAAGGGAGGCACCCACCAGCCUCCCAGCAGAGCUCAAACCUAACCACAGCAGUCCUGCUUCCUCUCUGAAUGAUUCGGCCCUUUUUUUUACUACGGUUCACCCCCUACACAAUUUUUCUACCACUUUCUCCCCGCCUUCCUCAUCUCAUGCACAUUCAGAUCCUCCCAAGCCCGAGGUAGCCACUGGGCAGAUUGAACUCUCCAAUACCACUGCCCUGGUGGUUGUGGCCACCACCGCCCACCUGUUCUUCUCUGACCAGAUCCCAGUGAGGCAGUGUCUGCUGGCCGUCCUCAUCUUGGCCGUCAUUGCCACCAUCUUCCUCAUCUGCACUGUGGUCCUGGCCAUCCGCCUCUCCAGGAAGGGCCACACUUACCCGGUUCGGGAUUACUCUCCCACUGAGAUGGUCUGCAUCUCCUCCCUGCUGCAUGAGGGUGAGGGACCACCCAUGGCCAAUGGGGGCCCCACGAGUGCCAAGACCCAGCUUCUAAAGCCUACCCAAGGCCCUGGGGAGGAGUGCGAUGGGGAUGAUCUGACCCUUCACAGCUUCCUCCCAUAAUCCUCACUGACCUACCCUGCCUCUACACAAAUGCCCAGAAAGGGUUCAGACAAAGGUGGGCCCUGUGCUGGGAGAGAUGGGCAUGGGAAUUCUGAAUACUUGGCCCCAGGGAGGCUGAGAGGAAUUAUAUGGAAAGUUUGCCUGAAGCUUCUCAUUCUCCCUGGUUGUAAAGAUGGAAUUCUAGGAUCUGAAUUCAAAUUCUGACUCUGCUACUUACCUCUUGUGUGACUUUAACAAGUCUCUUCCCCUUCUUUGGCCUUGGUUUCCUCAUGUGUAAAAUGAGAGGAAUUGGACUAGAUAACAUCUGUAAGGUUGCUUCCAGCUCUUAAACACGACCUAUGGACGAGGAAAGCUCUGGUAGGGGUUGGGGAAGAGGAGGAGGCGUUCCCUGAAAUAGCUUGCUAAAAGAACUGAGUUCCAUAAGAGUGGAGCACUAUGAACUUGGGAGGUCACGAUAAGCAAGGAAAUGACAAAAUGCCUCCGCUGUGAAUAUCCACAUGUUUUUAAAGGCAUUUCUAUUUACACCAAUACUUCAAGCAUCUGUGCUUCUGCUGAGGAGAAUAUGCCCUCCUCCAAUGCUGAUUGCAAUCCCUCCAUAACUCACUAGUUGUUCUUGGAGAGUUAACUGGACUUGAAAAACUCUACCUUGUAGCUGGCUUGGGGAUGAGCGAGUCUGAACUUUGCUGGGCUGGUCCUUGGACAUGGACAUCCCAUCUACUCCUGAGACCUUUGUAGAAUCUGCCUAAGCUUUCUCUCCUCUGGCAUCAUCUUCAAGAGCCUAAGAUCGCCUCCUGGCCACAGAGACAAGACAGACUCAGGCUGCACUGGGUUACACUGGACUGCGUGUGCAUGUGCACAUUCACACUAACAUCACACACACACACACACACACACACACACACACACUCAUACGCAUACACAC